ACGGAGCAACGAAUUGACAUGAUUUUUAAGUGGAGAUAGUUGAAAGGAUGGAGAGUGACAUAGGCUCCUUAUUGUCUCUUUCUAAUGUAAGCGAAGCCGCGGGCAAAAGCUAGUUAAUUAAUAUAACCGGACAUGGACAACAAUAUCACAAUGCCGAAACUACAUACAUUACUACCUACUCGACGUUUAGCUAUGUGGUUACUUGCACUUGCACCUUGCACAUGGAAAUAUGUAUUUGACCACAACUCCGGGUUGCUUGUUUAUGUUACAAUCAUGAUUCAAUCGUACAUUGCGUACAUGCCACUCUAGAAUGUGUACAGCAAUCUGCAAAAUUGCAUGGACACUUCAAAAAUGGAUUCAUAGACCCUGCAAAUUUUCGGAUGGGCGUAGAUUCAUUAUCUUCCCAAGCUGGACAAAAUGCAGUAUGCCUCGCGAAUAAUCGAUACUUCUUGCAAUUAUGUCGUUACCGUACAAGCUUUCGUAACGACAUACUUGUACUUUUAUCACAUAUAAAAAAAAAUAAGCAGGGACUUCCAUCCAAUUAAAAAUUUACAAUAGUGUAUGUACAAGGCAAAUGUUACAACUAACAAUUUCAUUCAUAAUGACUUAAAAUAACAUUACGCACUUCUAAGCUUAACUAGAAUCAGCGCCUCGCGUCUAAUAUGGCUCGACACUGACGUACACAGGCAGUUCGCGAAAUCGAUACACAACGCACACUAGCACGCCGCUUCCAGUCUCCAGGGCGCAUGCCCGUGGCAGGUACCACGAAGCUCCCCGUUCAUAUCCUUAUCAUGCAAACAGGCAACGAGACUGCAUUCAAGUCCUGCGAUAUGGCGAUUUUCGAUAUUAACUUGGUACAGGGCCAGCGGUCCCGUCGCUUUAUUUCGCGACUUUCCCAGUAAACAUCGCAUCAGCUGGUCGAAUACGCAGUCUCAAAUGCCGUCGAGAUAUGGGGGAUAAUUCACAAUUGCCUUCCCGGUUUUCUGUGGCUUUUGUUGGGAAUAUCGGGAGUGGUGUGUCGAGGUGGAGGAUGGUCGCGUCCGCAGUGACACUGCAGUGGGAGGCGGACUUGGUGGUGGUGUAGUGAUAUGCGUGUGUUGUCCAAUGUGUUCCUGGGCCAGGACAGAUGAGUGCCAUCCUCAACUCUCUCCGGAACUUGGCUGCCUCGUCGAGGGCAGGAGCAGCGGGCGAUCCCGGCGCCCGGUUCGGGUUAGCGCCGACCGGCGGCGAAGGCCCGGGCGAGGGCGGCUACGCGGAAUGGCUACACGCUAUGCGGCUCGUCGCGCGGCUGCCCGCAGGCGUGCCGACGCAUUUCCGCAAGAAGCUAUGGACAACCCUGGCAGACCGGCAUCUAACAGCGCGGGGUAUAGACUGGCCAGUGGCAGAACGCGCGUGCUUCCGCGGCACGGCACAGCCCGAUGACACGGAGCUAGGGGCGCAAAUCAUCAAGGAUUUGCACCGGACCGGCUGCUCGCUUUUUUGCGGAACGGAAGGGCGGGAGAAUCAAGCUAUGCUGCGCCGAGUUCUGUUGGCCUACGCAAGAUGGAACAAGGACGUUGGUUACUGCCAAGGUUUCAAUAUGUUAGCAGCAAUUAUUCUAGAAGUUAUGGACAAAUCAGAAUCCGAGUCGUUAAAGGUUAUGAUAUACUUGGUGGAAGCAGUUCUUCCCGAGGGCUAUUUCGCAGACGACCUCCGAGGUCUGUCCGCCGACAUGGCGGCCUUCCGAGACUUGCUGAGGUUGCGAUUGCCGAGGCUCGCUAACCACAUGGACCACUUGCAGAGGAUAUCGGACGGUGGAGGCGUAGAACCCCCAUUGCCUGACGUCUUCACAAUGCAAUGGUUCCUCACGCUGUAUGCCACGUGGCUGCCUCGGGAAUCCCUCUUAAGAAUAUGGGACCUCAUUCUACUUGAUGGAAAUGAAAUCUUGCUGCUGACUGCCCUGGCUAUCUGGGAUAUGCUUCAAGACCGCAUCCUGUCAGCCCGCUCUGCUGACGAGUUCUACAGCUGCAUGGGCGGCGGCGCGGGCGCCGUGUGGGAGGCGGGGGAGGCGCUGGUGGCGCGGGUGGUGGCAUUCGGCUCCGUGCCCGAGCUGCCGAGGCUGCGCAGCCUGCACAGAUACCGGGUCACUCCGCCCGCCCCGCCGGCGCCGGCGCCGGCGGCUCAACCGCCUUUACACUCUGCGAUGCAGUCAAUGACGAAGAGAGGACUCCGCCUGUUUUAUUCAGAAGACGAGGGCGACUCUAGCGAUGACGGGAAUAAAAUGGCAUUAGCAACGGUUAUUCCAAGACGAGACGACCGUUUGGGUGCUGGCGACAGACUGUCGUUGGACAUCGGUGCUCUUAAAAGGCAAUAUGCGAGGUUAAGGGAGCGGCAGAGACAAGCGCAUGUCAUCCUAGCAGCGGCUUGCGCCAGACAUGCCGCAGUUGGAGUGCCAACUUCCCCAACGUCGCUUACAGUUAAUAAUCUCCUCUUGGGAAAAAGUGCAAUUGUAAGCUCACGGGGCCGGAGACUCGGCCCGCCGCCCGGCGCCGUGCCGCCCUCGCGACAAGCGCUCGCCUCGAGGGAAAAGACUUCCCCACGAGCCCGCUCUAACGACACCAUUAGUUGGAACGAAGAGAAAAGUCGUAAAUCACUAAGCCGGCGUAAUUCUGUCAAGUGGAAAGAUAUUAAGAAAGAUAAGACUGCAGAAAAAGGAAGAAAGGCAUCUAUUGAUUUAGAUGAGGCUGGUGACGGAAUCAUUGUUUCGGAACGCGAAGCUGAUGAAAUGAUUGCUUCAUUGAGAUCGCGGAGCUCUAGUGAAAGUUCUUCAUAUUCUUCACAUUCGGCAUCCAGUACUGACACUAGCCUGUGCGAUGAAAACGAACGCGGUAGUGACUCGGACCCGGAAAUACAAGACGACAAUAAAGUAAAAGUCAAAUCUAGUUCAAAAGAACCAAAACACUCAUCAUCAUCGCUUUCAAAAGAUACGAUUUUAUCGCAAUCACCUACUUUAAAAGAUUCAAAGUUAUCUCCUAGUUGUUUUUCUAAAGAUAAUAAGUAUGUUCGCUCGUCUAGCAUUAAGGAAUCACAAAAUUCUCCAUGUACUCUAAAAAAAGACACGUCGUUUCAUCUUUCACCUAUAAUUACGGAAUCAAAGGCUUCACCUUGUAAAUUUAUAAAAGAUACAGAAUACAAACACUCACCUAUUUCAAAUGAAUCUAGAGUUUCCCCUGUUAGCAGUGCAAAAGAAAAAAAUUCACCGUUUCACCUGUAAUAAAAGAAACAAAACUUACUCCUUCAAAACAAAAUGAAAUUAUGCCAUUGGAAAUGACUGUAAAUGAUUACCUACAUUCUGCAGCAGGUGAAUCAUUAAGAAAUUAUAUCGAUGGAUUUGACAGCAAGCGAAGUGACAAUUUAUUAGGUUGUACUGUGGACAAUUAUAAAACAUCAAGUCCUUAUAAAAGUAAAUCUCCAUUUUCAGACCACGGCUCUGAGAAAGGGGAAGUACUAAUGAGACUGAAGUCUGAAGAAUAUACCAGAAGCACAGAAUCAAUCCGAUCGUCAAAGCCACCCAAGAAUCUAACGGACCUCAGUCCUAUCGAUUUGUCACCAUGUAAUUUUGAAACAGGCUUUAAAUCUCCCUAUAGUUACGAUUUUGAAAGUAAUUUUAAGAGACCUUCUACUUCUAAAUUAGAUGUAAGUGCUAGGCCACCAGAUAUUAUCGAUAGUCUGACAAUGUAUCCAAAUUUUGUGCCUGAUAUAGAUUUAUCUGAUAAAAAUGUAUCUGACAUCGAUAGCCCUCCGAGGAGCCCUGGUGCUGAGAGUAUCGUAGUAAGCGAAGACGAGCCUCCCAUACCACUGAGAAUCGAUAAAUACUUUGAGCACAGUCCUGAAUUUUUUGGAGCUCGUGUUACAGAUCCUAAUAAUUCUGAAAUACCUAAUCGUAGAGCUGCUAAAAGAUUAUCACGGGUACCAAAGAAACCUGACUCCUUGACACUACAGAGUAACCAUAAUGAUAAAAUUCUACAGAGUGAAGUAGAACGAGCAUCAUCACUGCCACAGAGUCAUAGUUUUUCAAAGAAAAUCAGUACCAGCCCGGAAAUUAAUAAUCAGCACAAAAUGAAUACAAGUGAAAUUUCAUAUGAAGAACAUAGUAAAAUACAAAAUAUAAAACAAGGAAGCUUAGAAAAAACUCCAGAAACUAAAACAUUUUCCCCCAAAGAUUAUGUCCUCAGAUCUGGUCGAAAAAAUAGCGAAAGAGCUCUACAAAUCAUUCAAGAAAACUCGAAAAUACUAAGCAGAAUCCUUACGAAACAAAAUAUGCCAGAUAUUACUACUAAAACUCAUGAAACGAAAAGUUCAGAAAACCUAGUCGAUGUUAUCAAACCCGUUAGCACUGAUAUUGAAACCGUGGAACCAAAUUUUACUGAUUGCUCCUUCCUAAAGGAGUCAACGUCGGAUUCUUUGAUUGUUCAUAGAAAAAAGAGCGUUGAUAGUGAAGCAAACGAAAAAAAUGAUUUCGUAAGGAUUAGGCCAAUUUCCAUAGAUGAUCCAUUUUCAUUAGAAAUACGAGAAGUUAUUGCACGUAAUCCAGAAUUUAGUACGUUGAAAUGUAUUAAAUCGCCUAGUAGUGAAUGUUUAGGCAAUAAAACUGAUCGUUAUGGUUGGGAGAACAAAGGCUUCCUGGCCAAAUGUGACUUUAAAAAUCUUUUAAAUAAGCCAGAAAAGUAUGAAUUCGAUUACACUACUAUGAAGACCCCAGAAUCAACAGCACGCCUUGAUGCGUCAAGCAACGAACCUAAACGUUCUUCAAUUUCUGAAUGGGCGCAUAAUUCAGGCCCAGCAGAGUCCAAAGCCUCAGUAACUUUACCUUCAUCUUCAGAAAUAAAAGAUACUUCAACUUACGAACGUAGAUUUAUGACUGAUGACUACAACUAUCCCCUUUCUACCAAAUACAAUGACUUUGUUUUAUCUAAAGCCAGCGAUAUUUGUAGCAAGACGGUAGGCCAAGGUCCGAAAAUUUGCGAUAGUUUAAUAAAGACUGACAACAGCCAAGUAAGCGAGUUCGCGAACAUAGUAACUUCCUCUAUUAGCUUCACUUAUGAACCUUCAGCAGAUGACGAUUCACCUUGUGGCGCAAAAAGUAACUCGAGCGAUACAUUGUGUCAAAUUACUUCACUGGACCAAGUGUCUACUCCUAUUUCACCCAAAAUCUUUCCGAAUAGGGACACGCCUACUAACCCUAAAGACUACUUAGAAAAGAGUGAUAGAUUCAAAUUGGAAUCUGAUGACACUUGCAGUGCUAUAACAUCUCUAAUCGAGACGGACACUUUGUCUUCGUUGUCGUACCCAAGGAGUCCGUCUACUGGCUCGUAUCACCCGUUUCCUACUCGUCCUGCUAUGCGGAUGCCCAAAGAGCUUGGAGUUCGCUUGGGCAUGUAUCCUAAGGAUACUGUUAAUUCACCCCCAAAAUAAUUAAUUAGAUAAACUAGCGUCGAAGGCCUCUUAUUAAAGAAAAUGUAUACUUAUGUCGUUCCAUUGCAUUUUAUUGACUUGUAGGUACUGAUAUUUGAGACUAAUUUUGUGUUUUGAAUGUUUUUCUGUUUUAGAUCAUGAGUCGUUUAACUUCAAACUUGAAUGAAUCCACUCUACUUUGCUAUACAUGAUGGUGUAAUACGAGAAAUCUGAAUAAUUAAAUAACGUAUUCCUAAUCACAUGUUUUAACCUAUCUAUUCCCUUAAAGCAAAAUUGUAAAAUUUGACAAAAUAACUACUUAUAUGUAUAAGUACCAGAGUUUUAAGUUAAGCGACUUUUAUGUACAAUUUAUAUGUUUGUAAUGUAUUAAAUAGGUAGAUUUAAAUUUAAAACUAUUAUAGAUUAAAUGUUUGAUUUGAUAAUUAAUAGAGGAUUAACGAAUAAUUUAUUAAAGUUGGAUUAUAAUAAUCCAGACAUUUUCGAAUGUUAUGGCAUGAUGUUUUGGAUCCAGCUCCUCAGACUUAUGCACGUAGUUAGUACCUAGCUCCUCUGAACUGUUAAGGUCAGGAACUGAUUAUUUGCCGUUAUAAAUAAGAGCACAUAACUACACAAACAUUACUAUUGAUAAUAUAAGAAUGGCUUCGCUUGUAUUUAAGUAUAAGCGUCAAGAAUCUGUUGAAUACGAACAUAGGUUAUAGCAGUAAGCCGUUCACCUAUUUGAGCUAGAAACAAAACAAACUCGUUGCCUUGAAUCUAUUUUAAAGUAAACGUAUAGUAAAAUAAUAAUCCUUUGCAAUAUGAAAUAUUUGUAUGAUAAUAAGUUAGAUAGAUUAUUUGUUCGAGGUCAAUGGAAUUUUAUGGCAAUUAAAAUUGUUUAUACCGCUAUAGAGUGAAGUCAUGUCAUUGCAGAGUAAGAGAAGUUGUUGUUAGAGGGAAAUAUUUAUUCUACAGCAAUAUUGACAAAAUAUACAUAUUAUUAUGCGA